ACGGCCAAUAUGGCGGACGGAUAGUGAAAACAUAAUGAAAACGRUUUUCUAAGAUUUUUUGGCGCAGCAAUGAGCACUACYGUUAAAAGCGGAAGUYUACAAGUAGUACAAGCUAUUGGAGCUUCAAUCAAGACACUACUGGGGCCUUCAAGUAGUCUGAAGUGUUGUAUUGGCGAUGAUGAUGAUGAUGUAAUCAUCUGUAGCAGUGCUUUCAAGAUUCUUCAACAUCUUGAUGUUAAGCAUCCAUCAUGGUUUGUUAUAAAUGAUAGUUGUGAGGCUAUGUACAAGACUUAUGGUAGUGGAUGCAAGACUCUUUUAUGUAUGGCAGGCUUUUGGAGUAGAGAAGCUGCAGCAUUACAGUCUCAGGGCACCCCUAUUUCAGUCUUAACCUGGCUUUUUGAUGAAGCUUUGAAUGAAUCUAUCACAGUACUGAAGGAACUUGCUAUACCUUUGCAAGAAAUAAAAGAUUAUCAUUGGGAAAAUUUGAAUAAUGGAUCUGCAUUUCAUCAAAGAGAAGACAUUUCAAAUAGACAAUAUCAAGCUUGUAAAKUGUUUGAAGAAAUAGACACUGGCUCAGUGGCCAUUGGGAAUAAGGCAUUGAUAAAUUCAAUAACUGCAUUAGCUCAUCACAAUAAAAGGACAGGAAUAGAUAUGAAGGACAAGCCAGACAACCAUCACAACACUUUGAAUCAACACAAUUGGGAAAAAGAUGAAUUUGAUGACUGUUUUGAUGAUUCUGCAAGUUCUAGUAGUAAUAACAUUUCAUCUACCAGCAGCACUCCAUCAUCACAACAUUACACAGCACAAUCACAUUCAAUUAGCAACAAAUCUGUUCUCAAAAGAACAGAUGAGAUGCUCCACAACAUUAACUUAUUYCGACCUGGUUCAAAAAGUACAAAGCCAAAAAUGAACUAUUCUCGGAUUUCUUUUACAUCUCGUAACUUAGCACCAAAUACACCAAAGGCUGAAGGGAAUAAUGUAGCAWAUGAACAACACAAUAAAUAUUUUACAAGAAAUAUUAAUUUGUUUGAUUUAAACAACAAAGAGGAUAUAAAAAUGCUUGGAAAUMUAUUAUCCCAUGGACAGCAACGGGUAAUGGACUUGGCUGUUGAUGUGAUCUUUGCUCAAGUAAAUCAAGCAAARUCAGCCUUUCAUAAAUUUGAAGUAGACAAAAAUUSCAUUCAUAUUGAAACAGUUUGUGGUCCACAAAGUGAACACUCACAAGUCAUCAAUGGWAUACUAUUGAAAACAACUUCAAAGAUGGAGCAUCUYUCAAAGAAAAAUGUWARCAUUGCAUUGGURAAUGGUGAUAUUACUAAUGAGUUCAGACAUGCUGGAUAUAAAGACUCUUUCCAUGUAAAACAAGUUUUUCAAGAAGAAAUCUUUCAUGAUAUGUCCCAGGGAAGCGACCAGUCCUGGCUUCAUAAGGUUUCUAAAGUAAUGACAAACUACAAUGUAGGAGCAUUAGUUUGCAGAGGAAACAUUGACAACAAUCUCAAGGAGUUGUGCCAGUCUCUUGGUAUUCUAACAGUUUGUUGUGUUUCUCCCAAAGUACUCAAACUACUAUCAGUGUCAAUAGGUGCAGCUAUUACUGUUUAUUUAACAGACCUCAGAGAAUCUUGCAUUGGUAGACCAGUCAACAUAUGUCAUUGGUUACUUCCUGGACAAAAKUCUUUAGAAAAAGAUUCUUAUAUUGUCAUUAAUACCAGUGAAGGUCAAGAUGAGACAUUAAUGCUGACAGUUUUUMUCAGCUCACCAACAGAGCAUCUACUCUUGGAAUCUGAACUUGCUUUCUGGAAUUGUAUCUCACGAUUGAAAAACACUAUCAGUCAAGGCYGUGUUUUACCUGGGGGAGGUCACACUGAACURGAAUGUAUAAAAAGACUCACACUCUUAGCAGGUAAAAAGGAAGAGUUACAAGAAAUUAGAUCAUCAAGUUGGAUAAAAAGAAGUCUGCCUUCUUACAGACAAACUGUAUAUUCUGCUUUUGCAAAUGGACUUCAAGAGUUUCUAGCUACUCUCAUACUUAACAAUGGUACAGUUCUUUGCCAUGGUCAGGCAUUGACUAAGGUCAACAACUUGCUGCAAGAAGACAUGCUGCACUCAGAUGAUACAAACCARYGUUCAAUAUUUCCCAUGGCUGAUGACUUUUUAGCCAAGGUAUAUGCAUGGCAAAGGGCUAUUGGUAUAGUAUGCCUUUUGAUUCAGUCAGACGUGAUUGUUGAAACCGGUUCAAAAAAGGAUCAGUAGCAAGCAUAGAUAUAAUUUAUUUAUUUCUGAUAUAAAUAAAUGGAUGAUUUGAAAACAAUGGAUGACUUUUCAGUUAAUAUUAUUUGGACAAAAUGUUGGCUAAUUUUCCCUUCCCUUUCAUUUUAUGCUGGCAAUGACAUCAAACAAAGUAUUUUUUAAGCAUAAAAUCAUUGUAACACUACCGAUGAAAGUAACCUGCAUUUUCUACAUAGACUGCUUAUAAACACCUUUUGUACAUGUACAUUAUCCAUACAAAUGUAUUAUUAAACUGGUCUAUCAUUUA